AUGGCCGACGAUCACCAACUCGUUCAACGCCGCAUUGACGAACUCACUCGCGAUUUCGCUGCUGCUGCUACUUUACUGCCGAAUGCCCCAAUCGCUUUGACGAAUGCAGAUGAUACCUGCUCGGUGCUCGCGUCUGCUCGGAACGCGCUAAUCCACUUCGUCCAAGUCGAUCCAGCCAAUCGAGCUCGGCUCGCGCUGGCUUCGGCCGCAACCCACGACGCCCGCUGCUUCCUCGCCAGUCACCAGGACUAUGUGCCAUACCAUCUGCAAGAAGCGCAGCUCCAUAGCGCGGUGCCUUCAGGCGCUCUGAAUGCAUCCACUGCGCCAAUGGUGCUGUCGUAUCUGCCGUUGACGCUGCUCGUCCAGCGACUCCUCCUGCCAGAAUGGAUUGCUGGGAUGGAUGUGAACGCAGUGUACAAGCUGGAUCUGGUCAACUCGAUCGCUCGCUCGGAGCAAGUUUGGCUGAACAGCGAGCGUUGGAUGGACGAGCACCUUGCCUCUGCCGCCGCAUGGGACGCCAGUACAGCUGCGCAGUAUGUCAAGUUUGGGCUGCAAGCUCGGAGUGACCAGCGUGAACGCCAGUGGCUGGCGCUGUGGCUGACUUUUCACCCCAUCCAGACAACUCGCUUGCUGCUGGCUGUGAGCGACCUCGAUUCCAGCCUCUUUGUCCGCUACACGAGUCUGAUGCAGGCUGUGGAAGCAGGCAGGGUUAUUUCGCCAAGCCUCAGGCGGCUCCUGUGCUCGUCACAGUCGUCCGCCGGCGCGCGUGACGUUGAUCGAAUUGCGGCAAUUCUCGGUGCAUGGACUCCAGGUCACCCUGUCGAAUCGGUCACGGAUUGCACCGACAUCAUGUGGAACCAGUCUUUAGCUUUAGAAGACUCGUCGUUCGCAAACCUUUCAACGAAAGAUUUGGAGGGGAUGGGUCGUGAACUGGUCGAUUUGCUCGACGAUGUACCUUCCAAGUUUCAUUCAGUCAUUCUGGCCUCAAUCGCUCGCCUGCUUGGUCAUCUCACGACAACCAUUUCCUCGCUGCCAUCGGAAGCUUCAACAGAGUUGUAUUCUGUGGAGUAUGACUGUGUGCACGCCUCACUUGGCAUCACCUUGACUUUGGACGCCUCAAGUCUUGCCGUAAAGAUUAGUGCGGUGCUUGUGGCUCCACCGACUCGCAGCCUCAUCUGGGCCAUCCGUGGCUUGUUCGGCCAAUCCGCUCGCUUGAUUGCGCUGGCCGCCUGCCUUCGCGCGGGUCUUCAAUGGCCGAGUCGUUUGCUGGUUGGCCAAAUUUCUGCCUUGCAACUUGUGUUCAGCGUGCUGUGCCUCAAAGCCCCAACCAAUCCCUCGGAGCACGAUCAAGCUGGCAUUGACGCUGCUCACGAUGACUUCCGUCGUCACGUUCCUGGAUUUGGUGCUUUUCAGCGCUCCGAGUCCGGGUUUCGGAUCUGA